AUGAGCGAUCACGCCAUGUUCCCACGGUUCUAUGAAGAAGAGCCCUGCUCCUCCUACUCCAUUUUUCUCGAGCCCUAUUCUGCAGCCAGAACUCCACCGGCUUUGGCGAGAGGAGAAUCAGCGGCGACUUCAAAACCAGUAGAACUUAUCAAGUGCAAGCGUGAGAUACCUCUCGCCAACUACACUAUUCACGCGGUACACUGCGCUCGCAACAUACGUCUGUGUCCUGUUUGCAAGGAGCCGGUGCCGGUGCAGGAGUUGCAGAAACAUCAUGACGACCAACACAAGCUUGGCCAGCGCUGCUGGUGUCAGUUUAUGUAUGUAUCAAACACCUUGCCAUCAGUGCCAUGUACGCAGUGCGGCGAGGACGUGUGCGGUACAGAUAUGGAGGAUCACGUGAGGGACUCGUGCGCACUCACCAUGCAGACGUGCAGAUUUUGUACACUAGAACUUCGUCGCCGUGAGCUUCCCGCUCACGAGCGAUACUGUGGCGCGCGCACGGAGCUGUGUGAGUGUGGCGAGUGGAUCAUGAUGAAGUAUAGGCAGUUGCAUGUCGACUCCAAUCAUGGGUUUAUCAGACUCGAUGAUGACCCUGUACCAAUACAGAAUAUUAAGGCGUCGGGGACAAAGCAGAAGGUUGCAAAAGAUAAAAGGCCUCUAACAAACGGACUGAAUAAUUUAAACCGUCCAGCAUUCCCACAGAAGAACCAUUCAAAAGAUUUGGACACUGCUGCUGAUCAAACAGUCUCCACAAAUUCACAUAUACCCAUCGCUAUAGCAAGUAGCAGUAAGGGCAACAGUUCAAAGACGAACGAGGAAAAUAUUUCUAAGGCCAACGGAGCUAUUCCCAGAUCGAACAGAAUAGACAGACAGCAUCCAGGGAAUGAUAAUACAGAUAAAGUUAGGAACUCUAGUUCCCGUGGUUCAAUCAAGAAGAGGCCUGCUCCUCCUCCCCCAUCUUCCUCGAGCCCUGUGCUGCAGGCAGCACUCCAGCGGCAACAGCAAGAGGAGACGCAGCGGCAUAUUCAGAACCAGGAGAACUUGGCAAAGGGUCUACCGCCAAUUCUGAACCCAGCUGAGAAACUAGAGAGGCUUCGAAAAAUGGACGCUCUUCAACAAAGGGAGGUAGACGACCAGUCACGGAAGAACCGGCUGCAAGGAAGAGUAUGGUCGAGGCCACAUGUCUACCCCAUCGGACACGUCCUUAGUGGACAGACUGAAGUGGUCGGUGAAGUGAGGAAGGAACUAAAAAACUUAAAGCCGAUGACUGCUGAGGAGUUCAAUGACAGAUAUAGAAACAUUCAAAGUGAAAGACAGGACCGAUUCAGUGAAAUAAAGACCUCUUUAAGGGAACUAAGGAGAGGACUCAAUGAGGUCAUAGCGCCAUACAAUUUAAACUCAAUCACAGAUACCAAUCACAAUCGUCAUGAGGAGGAGGCUCCAUGCGAGUUCUGCGGCACCAGCGUUCUACUUGAAGACCUGGUCCUGCAUCAGACCGGCUGCCGGCCGGAUUUGGCCCAGUACCGCAGUCCGCCCCCCUCCCCCGGCCCCCGGCCCGCCGCCACUGACCCCUCCGCACCCCUCAUACCCUGUGAGUUCUGCGCCAGACUGUUGCCCGUUCAUCUUGUAUGCCAUCACCAGGAACGUUGCAGAACAGAAAGAGACAUAUUACUUCCAGACUAA